CGUUUUCUUAUGGGACAGAGAAAUGGAAGUACCCGCCCAGGAUUCUAGUCUACGUCACAAGAGGACAAAUAGAUAUAAACCAAGAUCAUUCGACCUUUCCGAAACAGCCUGUCGUAGCGGUGUCUCGAUCUCAAAACGCGGAGAAACAACGGUCGGCUAGCAGGCAGGACGUCACCAUGUACCCUACCGCUUUGACCCAGUUGGCCCGGGGCAAUCCGUUCAGCGCACCCCUGUUCUCCCUCCACAAAGUGGAAGAACCUCAACAGACCCUGAAUGGGCAGAAGACCCGCCGACUGGCAGCAGCCGCUACCGCAGAAGAGGGAGACAAUGUUGAGUUUGGCUCUCAGAAGUAUUUCCUCCUGUGCGGUCUUGGUGGGAUUCUGAGCUGUGGUACCACACACACAGCUGUUGUUCCCCUUGAUCUGGUCAAGUGCAGAUUGCAGGUGGACCCAGAUAAGUACAAGAGUAUCGGCAAAGGCUUUUCAGUUACCAUUAAGGAAGAUGGUGUCAGAGGCCUGGCAAAGGGCUGGGCCCCCACCUUCAUCGGCUAUUCCAUGCAGGGACUGUGCAAGUUUGGCUUCUAUGAAGUGUUCAAGGUUUUCUACAGUGACUUACUGGGAGAGGAGAACACCUACCUGUGGAGGACCUCACUGUACUUGGCUGCCUCGGCCAGUGCAGAGUUCUUUGCAGACAUUGCUCUGGCUCCCAUGGAGGCUGUUAAAGUUCGUAUCCAGACCAAGCCGGGAUACGCCAACAACCUUAGACAGUGUGUCCCCAAAAUGUUUGCAGAGGAGGGUGUUUGGGCAUUCUAUAAGGGUGUGGUGCCUCUGUGGAUGAGGCAGAUCCCCUAUACCAUGAUGAAGUUUGCCUGCUUUGAGCGCACUGUGGAGCUGCUGUACAAGUAUGCAGUUCCCAAGCCCCGCAGUGAGUGCAGCAAAUCUGAGCAGCUGGUGGUCACCUUUGUUGCUGGUUAUAUUGCUGGUGUGUUCUGUGCCAUCGUGUCUCAUCCUGCUGACUCCGUGGUGUCUGUGCUGAACAAGGAGUCCGGAAGCACUGCUGUCCAGGUCCUCAAGAAGCUUGGACCAAAAGGUGUGUGGAAGGGUCUUGUGGCCCGUAUCAUCAUGAUUGGUACUCUGACCGCCCUGCAGUGGUUCAUCUAUGACUCGGUCAAGGUCUACUUUCGUCUGCCCCGCCCUCCUCCCCCUGAGAUGCCAGAGUCCCUAAAGAAGAAGCUGGGCCUUACAGAGUAACCUCAUCCUUCCACUGAGUAGUUACGCUCACCCGCUCCCCACGGAACUUCCAGAGCUCACAUGGCAGUUUUCUAUAUUUAUGUUAGCGCCUGCUGCUCAAGGCUGCCACUAAUCUAUUUCAAUGAGUACGACAGAAGAUAUUCCACUGUAGAAACACCCGUCUGGUUUUAUCAUUACCUGUUAAAAUGUCCAAUAAAAUAUUUUCAUUCCCUGGAAGAUAA